AAGAACACGAAGACGAAGGGGGGGAAACGCAGAAGAAGAAAAAGUGGAAGGUGAAGAAGAAAAAAGUCAAGUAAAAUAAAACAUAUCUAUUGGAAAAAACCGUGAGACUUUUCUGAUUGGAAUCGCGAUGGCAACGCGCAGUAUUUUACCACCACCCGCCAGAUUGGUGUUUGUUUUAAAGAUGGCUGGUGUGUUGCAGCAUGCCCCCUUCCAGUCUGGAUGCAAGGCCAACUAUUCCACCAAGCCUAAGACCAACGAAAAGACCUUUGACAAGAUCUUGAUCGCAAAUCGAGGGGAGAUUGCUUGCCGGGUGAUCAAGACAUGCAAGAAGAUGGGGAUUCAAACAGUCGCCGUCCACAGUGACGUCGACUCCAACGCCGUUCACGUCAAGAUGGCUGAUGAGGCAGUAUGCGUUGGCCUUGCCCCGACCAAUCGAAGCUACCUCAACAUGGACGCCAUUCUGGAUGCUGUCAGAGACACCAGAUCGCAAGCUGUUCACCCCGGAUAUGGCUUUCUCUCCGAAAACAAAGAGUUUGCAAAGAGACUGGCAAAGGAACGUGUGACAUUUAUCGGCCCAGACACUCAUGCCAUUCAAGCCAUGGGGGAUAAAAUUGAGAGCAAACUCAUUGCUAAGGCUGCAAAGGUCAACACUAUCCCAGGAUUCGAUGGAGUGGUCGAGACUCCGGAGGAAGCUGUAAAAAUUGCACAAAACAUUGGCUACCCGGUCAUGAUCAAAGCAUCUGCGGGCGGAGGAGGGAAAGGAAUGAGAGUUGCGUGGAACGACGCCGAAACAAGGGAAGGGUUCCGCUUUUCGUCCCAGGAAGCGGCAUCGAGUUUUGGCGACGACCGACUUCUUAUCGAGAAAUACAUCGAUAACCCGAGACACAUUGAGAUUCAGGUGCUGGCUGACCAGCACGGCAAUGCUCUCUGGCUGAAUGAAAGAGAGUGUUCUAUCCAGAGGAGGAAUCAGAAGGUGGUGGAAGAAGCUCCCAGUACUUUCCUGGACUCGGCGACAAGACGAGCUAUGGGCGAGCAAGCGGUUCAGCUCGCCAAGGCUGUCAAGUACUCGUCUGCCGGGACAGUGGAGUUCCUGGUAGACUCCAAGAAGAACUUCUACUUCCUGGAGAUGAACACCCGGCUACAGGUUGAACAUCCCAUUACGGAGUGUAUUACCGGUCUGGACCUGGUUGAGCAGAUGAUCCGAGUCGCCAAAGGUUACCCGCUGCGGCACAAACAGGAAGAUGUCCCGAUAAACGGCUGGGCCUUCGAGAGCCGCGUCUACGCUGAGGACCCUUACAAGUCAUUUGGUCUUCCUUCCAUUGGAAGAUUGUCACAAUACCAAGAACCGACCGAUCUCAACAAUGUCCGGGUGGACAGCGGCAUCGAGGAAGGAAGUGACAUCAGCAUCUAUUACGACCCUAUGAUUUCCAAGCUAAUAACCUAUGGUGCUACAAGAGCUGAAGCGCUUGCCAAGAUGGAGGAUGCGCUGGAUAACUACGUCAUCAGAGGUGUAACCCACAACAUUCCACUCCUGAGAGAAAUAAUCACCCAUCCGCGCUUUAUUUCUGGUGACAUCAGCACCAACUUCCUUCCGGAGAUUUACCCCGAGGGCUUUAAAGGUCACCAGCUACAAGAGGAACAAAAGCAGGAAUUGCUAGCAGCUGCUGCAGCACUUUACGUCACAGCCCAACUCGCUUCCCAGAACAUCCUUGGUCACUUGAGGCUAGCCUCAAAACCUGUGGAGAGCACUUGCUGGGAGUUGUGUGCACAGCUAGGACAGCAAUGUCACCAAGUGCAAGUUAACAAAUCCGGUGACCUCUACUCGGUGCACGUGGACGGAGAACGGGUGGAUGUCCACGGACAGUGGAACUUGGCAUCGCCGUUGCUACCACUCACGAUCAAUAGCAAGCACAGAAUGUUCCAGUGUCUAUCCCGAGAUGCUUCUGGACACAUAGUUCUACAGUAUCUGGGCACAUCGUUCAAGGUUCGCAUUCUGUCCAAGUUGGCUGCCAAGUUAAACACUUACAUGCCAGAUAAAGUUCCCGAGGACACCAGCAGCAUCCUGCGGUCGCCAAUGCCCGGCACGGUGGUGGCAGUUACUGUUGAGCCUGGUGACCAGGUUGCAGAAGGCCAAGAGAUUUGUGUUAUUGAAGCCAUGAAAAUGCAGAACAGUAUGACUGCUGUCAAACAAGCAAAGGUUAAGCGUGUCCACUGUAAGCCAGGAGAGACGGUUGGUGAAGGAGAUUUGCUUGUCGAGCUUGAAUAAUUCAAGCAGAGAUUGGUGACCUCAACAGUGCCUGAGCGUGGUGGCGCUUUAGCGAUCAUAUCAAUCUUAGUCCUGCCCAUCCUGUAUUUCUUGUUUGCUUUCAAGCCACUUUUAUUUGAACAUGCUAAUAAAAUCAUUUGAGCACACU